CUCUUCGCUGGACCACUCUAUUUUGUGGUCAGCGGACUAUCAAACAUCUUCAUCUCAGCUUCUCUGCUACGCAUCUCCUCUCCGGAAGCCUGCCAGAUUCAAUGCCGAGAUUUUGGUUAUAGGUUUCUGGAAAUGGCUAGCAUUACUUUCCAGAUCGACAAACAGCAACCAUGCAUGGAGAAUUAAUUUUUUAAUCCUUUACAUUUCUAGAACAAUUUAUUUUAGAAUUGUACUGAAGACUGCUGAACCCACUGCAGGAGGCACCAUCUCCGCCCUGCCAGCUCCUGAGGCCCAGACUACCACCCCAUGCUCAGAGGUAGACUGCCGGCCGCACACAUGUCCUCCGUCAUUGCCCCUGCCAAGCCCUCCAGCCCUAUGGGCCCCAAAGAGGUGGAGCUGAUUCUGGUGAAGGAGCAGAAUGGGGUGCAGUUCACCGCCUCAGCACUGGUCACCCCCACUGGCCAGACCCACCCAUCCGGCGAGCAGCGUGAAACUUGGGGUAAAAAGAUUGACUUCUUGCUCUCGGUCAUCGGCUUUGCUGUAGACCUGGCUAAUGUGUGGAGGUUCCCCUACCUGUGCUACAAGAACGGUGGAGGUGCCUUCCUGGUGCCCUAUCUGCUCUUUAUGAUCAUUGCAGGAAUGCCGCUUUUCUAUAUGGAAUUAGCAUUGGGUCAGUACAACCGGGAAGGAGCUGCAGGUGUCUGGAAGAUUUGUCCUAUCUUUAAAGGAGUAGGAUUCACAGUGAUCCUCAUUUCUCUCUACGUGGGUUUCUACUAUAACGUGAUCAUUGCCUGGGCUCUCUUCUACCUCUUCUCCUCUUUUUCGGGCGAGCUGCCCUGGGUCAACUGCAACAACACCUGGAACAGCGCCAACUGCUCUGACUUGAACGCCACUUUACUGAACGACUCUCACAAGGCCACCCCAGCCUUAGAGUACUUUGAGCGUGGGGUGCUGCACCUGCAGGACAGCGGGGGGAUUGAUGACCUAGGCUUGCCCCGGUGGCAACUCACAUCCUGCCUGGCUGUGGUCAUUGUGGUGCUCUACUUUAGCCUCUGGAAGGGAGUCAAAACCUCUGGGAAGGUGGUGUGGAUCACGGCAACCAUGCCCUAUGUCGUUCUGACUGUACUGCUGCUCCGCGGUGUCACUCUGCCUGGAGCCAUUGAUGGCAUUAAAGCGUACCUCAGUGUGGACUUCCUCCGUCUGUGUGAUGCUCAGGUUUGGAUCGAGGCUGCCACGCAGAUAUGCUUCUCUUUAGGAGUGGGGUUUGGUGUGCUAAUCGCCUUCUCCAGCUACAACAAAUUUAGCAACAACUGUUACAGAGAUGCAAUCAUCACCAGUUCAAUCAACUCCCUCACAAGCUUUUUCUCAGGCUUUGUCAUCUUCUCAUUCCUGGGCUACAUGUCUCAGAAACACAACGUGGCCCUUGAUAAAGUAGCUACCGAUGGUCCAGGCCUGGUGUUUAUCAUUUACCCCGAGGCCAUAGCCACACUGCCUGGCUCUUCAGUUUGGGCUGUCAUUUUCUUCAUCAUGCUGCUCACGCUGGGAAUCGACAGUGCGAUGGGUGGUAUGGAGUCUGUGAUCACAGGGCUCAUUGAUGAAUUCAAGUUUCUGCACAGACACAGAGAGCUCUUCACACUCUUCAUAGUGGUCUCCACUUUCCUCAUCUCCCUCUUCUGUGUCACUAAUGGUGGCAUCUAUGUGUUUACUUUGCUGGACCACUUUGCGGCAGGAACAUCGAUUCUCUUUGGAGUGCUGAUUGAAGCCAUCGGCAUCGCUUGGUUUUACGGAGUGGAUCGUUUCAGCGAUGACAUCCAAGAAAUGAUCGGCCAACGGCCAGGCUUAUACUGGAGACUCUGCUGGAAGUUUGUCAGUCCCUGUUUCCUGCUGUUCAUGGUGGUUGUCAGCUUUGCAACGUUCAACCCUCCAAAAUAUGGGUCCUAUUACUUUCCCAUGUGGGCUAACAUGGUCGGCUGGUGUUUGUCCAUCUCCUCGAUGAUCAUGGUGCCACUUUACGCCAUCUACAAAUUCUGCAGUCUGCCAGGAAGCUUCUGCGCUAAACUGGCAUACGCCAUCACCCCAGAGACGGAGCACCACAUGGUGGAGCGCGGGGAGGUGCGGCAGUUCACGCUUCAUCACUGGCUGGUGGUCUGAGCGCUGCUACAUUUCUGAAAAACAAGGAGACUUGGCCGGCUCUAGUGGGGGCAGGCUGCUGUGUGCCAAACAAACCGUAAAUCUAGUUGUUUCUUUCUUGCGUAAUUGAACAUGUGGCUGUAAUGUGAUUUUUCGAUCACAACAUGGUUGACAUUCUGUCAAUAUCAGUUUAAAUCUCAAUAUAAGAUGACUGUUAUCAUGGCUGAUGUUGUCUCCCAAUGACUGUUUAUUGUUUACUGAAAUUUUUUGUGAUUAGAGUACAACUGAGCCUUGAUCAAUGUGAUUGAAGUGUCAAAAGCUAUAUACGGAAUAAGAAUCUAGAAAAAAACAGUAAUGCUUUACUAGUGAUAUUACAUGACAUAUAUAUCCUCUUUGUGUUUGAAAAGCAAAAUGAUGGACAGUACAUUCCAAUACGUACAAAUCCCAGUAGGGUUUAAUUCUGUGAAGCCAUACAUUAAGUAUCAGCUAUUGGGCAAAUGGGAUGCAGUUUUGCCCAUUCGCAGUUCUAUUACAAAUGUUUUCUGACCUCAGGUGUUUGGUGUGAUUUAUACAGAGACCAGACACCAAAAACAUUUCAAAUAUAAAGAAAAAACUUGUAGUCGUUUAGGUUUUAAAGGUUCUGGUACUUUUGUGCGUUGUUUAGUUGACAUAAAGAGCAUUUUAUUUUAAACUAUAGAGCUGCUAAAGUAUCUGAAAUCCUGAAAUUAAGAGUAUCGAAUGGCUAAUGGCAUUUACCAGACAGUAUACACAGUUUGAAUUUGUCUUUAUUCUUGAGAACAACUUUGUUUCUUAUCAUAUUUGAAAGGUCUUUAAUUCAUCCACUAAGUUAAUACCUUUGAGUGACUGCUGAAAUCUGCCACCCACUGUAAAAGAUCAAUAAAGAAUUCAUGUAUAAA